AUGAUGGCAUGCUCAAAAAAUAGUGACAAUAAAUUUGGUCCUCGGAUUGACCCCAAUUGUCGCUCAUUUGACUUCACUCUGCUGUUUGAGGAUGCGUUCUUUUCAUUGCUUCCUGCGACACUUUUUCUCGUGCUUAUUCCCUCGCGACUUUGUGUUCUUUGGAGAACGCCUACCAAAUUACACUCUUAUCGAUUGGCAAUCGUGAAAUUGAGUAUAUUACUUGGCCUGAUGAUUCUCCAUGUUUUGGAUACGGCCCUUCUGGUUGGGGACCCAGCUCUUCGCACUGACCUAGGAACGCCCUCGAGAAUCAUUAACGUUGUCGCCACACUAACCGCUAUAUUCCUUUCUUUUCUUGAAGAUCAGCGAUCAGUAAAACCAUCAGAUCUGCUGGUUCUCUAUUACUCGGCUAUCACUCUCCUGAAUCUUCCACAGAUCCGCUCUCUUUGGCAAAUUCCCAAUGCAACCCAAGCCUCUCGCAUCCUGUCCAUUAUGAUCCUCAUUCUCAACUUUGGAAUACUGGUGGCAGAAUCAAUUCACAAACAAAACUUCCUCAGUCCCAAUGACCAAAGCAAAUCAACCAAGGAAGCCACCUAUGGGUUUUGGGGCAAAAGCAUGCUUCUUUGGACAUUGACAUUGUUCCAGACAGGCUAUUCCAAGACCUUGACCAUCGAGGAUAUCCCUGAAGUAGAUGUGGAUCAACAGGCACAGCAGACAGAAGAAGAAUUGCAAAUAGCGUGGACAGCAACAAAAGGCCGUCAUCGAUUAAUGAAAUCGGUCUUCUCUGCGUACCGUUGGACCCUUAUAUUCGGGGUCGUGUCCCGUCUAUGCUUGGCCGUGUUCACCUUUUGCCAACCUUUCCUCAUCAACGCUACUGUGAACUACAUGAAUAAUGAAAUAACGGCCGAGACUAAACAGCGCGGCCAGGGACUUAUUGGAGCUUAUGUUUUAGUUUACUUGGGUCUAGUAUCCGCUCAAAAGGUCUCUAACUCGGUUUACAAGCAACAGAUGAACCGAUUCAGCACUAUGGCCCAAUCUGGAUUGAUUUCUAUAAUCUUUACGCAAACCACUCGGCUCAAGGCUAGUGAUGUUACUGAUUCAGCGGCUCUCACCCUCAUGGGGACAGAUACCGAGAGGAUUGUGUCGAAUCUCAGAAAUAGUAUCCACGAAACCUGGGCAAAUGUCCUAGAGGUGGGAGUUGCUGUUUGGCUUCUAGAGCGGCAGAUCAAUAUAUCCUGUGUAGUUCCUCGGGUCAUUGCCAUAGGCUCCGUGUUGGCAGCAGCUCCCCUCUCUAGCAGAAUGGGAAAGGCUCAAGGUCAGUGGGUUGAGCGGGUUCAAAGCCGAGUCUCUAUGACUUCCAACUUGCUACGAGAUAUCAAAUCUGUUAACAUGCUUGGACUCUCUGGUGUGAUGUACAACUAUAUCACCACGCUACGAAAGGCAGAGUUGGAAACUUCAAAGAGGUUCCAAAAGCUCUUGAUAGUUGAAAUUGCGUUGGUGACCAACCCACUUCUCAAAUUCAUCCAAUCAAUACCUUCACUAAAGGAAGCAAUGGCUUGUUUUGAUCGAAUUGAAGGGUACUGUUCAAAGCCUAUUGUCCAUUCAAUACAAACCAGCAGCCUUUCGAAAGAAAGCAAUAAAGACGCUAUUGAGUUGGUUUUUAACCCCCCCCCCCCUCCGAAAUCAAAUAAUGGAGUCGCAAUUGCCUUCAACAACGCCACAAUCUCAUGGUCCAAGGACGGUGACCAUCAUCUUCAUGGCAUCAGCCUGUCAGUGCCUUGGAUUCUAAACUCCAGUGUCCGCGAAAACAUCAUUCUCGGAUCUGAGCUCAACUCCGAAUGGUAUGGAUUUUCGACAUCGGUAUGUGGGUUGAAAGCCGAUUUGCAAAAGAUGCCCAGCGGAGAUUCAUUCCAGGCAGGGAGUAAUGGAGUCUGCCUCAGUGGCGGGCAGAAAAAACGAAUCUCUCUCUGUCGAGCGAUUUACUCAAGAGCAAAACUAGUUAUUCUCGAUGACGUGUUUUGUGGAGUUGAUGCACAUAAUAUCAACCUGAUAUCGAAUGGUCUUUUCAGUCAACACGGUUACUUCCGGUCGGCGGGGAUAACUGUUCUUCUGGUAACUCAUACUGAGCCUUUGCUGCAGCACGCGGAUGAAAUCAUUGUCCUUGAAGAUGGAAGGAUUGUCGACACUGGAUCAUAUGAGGCGAUAAUUCGCCGAAAGCCGGAUAUAUCUACCAAGGCCUUGACAAACACGAACCAAGUCAGAGAGGAUGGUGUUUUCCAAGUCGCAGAGCGAGAAAAUGAGAAUCAAAAGAGAGCUCCAAACACAGCGCCACCUGCUUCGCCCUCAACUCCUAAAACUACAGAUCACACUAAACGAAACGGCGCCUGGUCUGUAUACAAAUACUAUUAUGAUAGCGCUGGAUUUACUCCGUUCGCUUUUUUCUUGUUCUUCACGUUGAUAGAGGCAUUCUGCAGCAAUUUUAUUACAUUGUGGCUUGAGUGGUGGGUAGCGGCGAAUGAACAGCAACCAAACAAGGACCUGGCGAUGCACCUUGGAGUCUACGCUUUGCUCUGGGUUUUGUCCUUUACAACCUUGAUUGGUAGUUUGUGGGCAUUGAUCAUUCCAAUCAUCAACAAUACCGGACUGAAUCUUCACACAUAUCUUCUACAAAAAACAUCAAGAGCUCCAUUCGCGUUCCUUCAGACCACAGACCAUGGAAGCUUGACAAACAGAUUCAGUCAGGAUAUGGAUUUUAUGGAUAUGGCACUUCCCCUUUACGCAUCAAUGUUUUCCGCUGGGAUCGCCAAUUGUGCUGUUCAAGUGACCAUCUUAUGUGUCCUUGGCAAGUACCUAGCGGCAUCGGUUCCCGCACUUCUUGUCGGUAUGGUGAUACUCCAAAGAUAUUACCUUCGUACAUCACGCCAGAUGCGGCUUCUGGAUAUCAAAGCCAAGGCUCCUUUGUACAGUCAUUUUGCCGAGUCCGUGCAAGGCAUCAGCACCAUUCGCACUUUCAAUUUCGAGUCACAUUUUCAGCAAAAAAUGCAACAUUUCCUGAAUCGGUCUCAACGUCCUUUCUACAUGCUAUACUGCAUUCAACAGUGGCUGACUCUUGUCAUGAAUCUCACCGUUGGUGCUAUUGCUGUCAUCAUUGUAUCAAUGGCCACCUCAUUAAGAUCUCAGUACACUGGUGCUGCUAUUGGUGUUGCUCUCAAUCUUGUUCUGUCUUUGAAUGAUAGUCUUUCCAACACUCUUCAAUGCUGGACUAGUCUUGAGACGUGUAUUGGUGCUGUCUCACGAGUGCAGCAAUUUACUAAGACUACUCCUUGUGACAAGGAAAAUAAUUUGGAUGACUCCCAUUUAAUCGGAUCUUCGGUCUACUCUGAUAACCAAUAUACAAUCAGUUUUCAGGAUUUGACUGCAGGAUAUGACCUAAGCGGCCCGCCAGUCUUGAAAAGCAUUUCUCUCACAUUUGCACCAGGAGAGAAGAUUGCUAUAUGUGGUGCCUCUGGUAGUGGGAAAUCAUCCCUCAUCAUGUCAAUUCUGCGUAUGAAUCAAAUACAUUCGGGAAGUCUACGCAUCAACGGCCGAGAUCUUGUGGAAUUUACGCACCAAGAAAUCCACGCCCUCAUGAGCGUCAUUCCUCAAGAUCCCUUGAUUAUAUCCCCUGGUACAGUCCGAUUCAAUAUCGACCCUCUCAAUUUGGCCUCGGAUAAAGACGUCAAAUCUGCUUUACAGAAAGUCGGCCUCUGGAAUCGAAUCAACGCCAGGGGAGAGAUGAUAACGGCCAGGACAAGACUGACACUGAAAGUGUAUUAG